ACCACAUAUCUCUUUAAACCCCCCCCACAUUGUAUCUUCUACAGUAAUCUAUAGACAUUCAACUUUGCUAAUCAGGAAAACCAGCAAGACAAUUCAAUCAGUAUUCUUUGGCAAAAGAAAGAAAAUAGACAUUCUUAACAAGUGCUUCCUUUUAGUCAUUUACCACCAGGGUAAAGGGCUUUAUUUUUGUUAUUUAGUCCUGCACUUACCACUCAAACUGGUUAAAUUGAGGUGGGAAUCCUUGUUGGAGGGAUCAGAUUUGCCAGUUAAUAGUUGAGGGUCUUUAUUUCUAAACAUGUUUCAAAGUAUUUUGCUAAUGGUUAAAGAUUAAACAGAAAUCUAACAGGUGACAUUCAAAAGAAUCCCAGCUAGAGGAUUCUGUAUACAGAGAGAGAUAGGAUCUCAUCAUGCAAGUGGCUUCAGUUUUCCUGGUUUUCUUGUCACUCUUCUGUUUGUGUGGAUCAAAGAAUGCAACGUCUAGUACUGAAGAAAACCAGUUUCAGCAGGUUACGCCUGUCCAGCAAGAUGAGCAAGGCUCAUACCUCAUAAAAGAAUGUUUAAGCAAGAAGUUCACACAUAAGUCCUGUGAGAAAGUUUUUUGUCACCCAUGGGAACGAUGUGUGGAGGGGAAAUGCCUUUGUAAGCUCCCCUACCAGUGCCUUAAGAAUGGCUCUUCGGUUUGUUCUACCAACGGAAAGAACUUCCAUACUUACUGUCAGCUGAAGAGCUACGAGUGCCAGCGUCCUGAAACCAAGUUCCUGCACAAAGGAAAAUGCGCGUCUAAAGAAACAUUUUCAGUCUCUUUGGGCCAUGAAGAUUCACAUUUGCUUCGAGUCAAACCUGUGAAUCAGAUGAAUGAACUCUUUGUAUGUGACCGUAAGUGGACUAUGAACGAAGCAAAUGUGGCUUGCAAGGACCUUGGCUUUGAAUUAGGUGCUGAAUAUUACCAAGCCAAACCCAGCAUCACAGUGGCUGCCUUUAAUUCGUUGCAGUGUCUGCAAAUAACUUGCAGGGGCCUAGAGACAACUCUUGCUGAAUGUCACAUAGAGGUGAAACCAACAGAUAGUCAUGAGAGAUUUAUUAGCCUCCAGUGCCAUGAAAAUCCCAGAGCUUGUUUAGAUGGUGAGUUCCAAUGUGUCAACAAGAAGUGCAUUUCUUUGGAUAAGACCUGUGAUGGAAUCAAUGACUGUGGAGACCUAAGUGAUGAGCUGUGCUGUAGAGAGUGCAGAGGCAACAGCUUCCACUGUCAGUCAGACAUCUGUAUUCCAAACGACAGUGUCUGUAACAAGGAAAUCGACUGCCUCACAAGAGAGGACGAACGUGAAGCUCUCUGUGCAGGCAAAUACAAAGGUGUUGGAAAUGGCAGUCUAGAUGAAGAAAUAAAAGUGAUAAAGAAACUUCUUCCCCAAGUACAGUGUGGUCUUACAAAUCACACAUUAACUCGACGGAAAAGAAUCGUAGGUGGAGAGACCGCAAGAAAGGGUGAAUUCCCUUGGCAAGUGGCAAUUAGAGAUAUUACCAGUGAAGGUGCAACAGUAUACUGCGGAGGGGUUUAUAUUGGUGGCUGUUGGGUUCUGACUGCUGCACACUGUGUCAGGGCAAAGCAAGUUCAUCGGUACCGCGUCUGGGUUGCUAUGCUGCAUACUCUAGAGAAGGAUGAAGAGACAGACACUUUCAGGCUAAAACAGAUCAUAGUCCACCAAAACUAUAAUCCAUCAACUUAUGAAAAUGACAUUGCUCUGCUGGAACUGAGAGGCUCUGUGAAAGGACAAUGCUCCCCAGAACACACCAUACCUGCCUGUGUCCCUUGGUCAGAGUAUAUGUUCAGGACUGGUCACACAUGCAAGAUUUCUGGAUGGGGAGUAGAUAAAGAUAAUGCCAAACAAUAUAUCCUGAAGUGGGGGAAUGUGAAUUUAUUUCAGAAUUGUUCUGAAUUGUAUCCAGGACGAUUUUUUAACAAAAUGGCAUGUGCAGGUACUUAUGAUGGCUCCAUAGACAGUUGCAAAGGUGACUCAGGAGGGCCCUUGGUGUGUUUUGAUGCAGAAAAAGUGGCCUAUGUCUGGGGUAUUGUGAGCUGGGGUGAGAACUGUGGGGAAGCUGGUCACCCUGGUGUGUACACACAAGUGGCCAGCUACUAUGAUUGGAUCAGCCAUCACGUGACAAGGAGUCUCAUUUCACGCUACAAUAGCUGAAGAUCAAAUACUUCCCUCUUAUCACCCAUGUGAAAAUGAACACUGCUCCUUUUUUACCAUCAGCAGCCAUGUAACUUUGCAACAAUAAGCACCAAUCUCCACAGAAUAUGUUUUGAGGAUUCUUGACAGUUUAUCAAUACCACGGUUUUGCAGUUGACUGGCUAGGGCUGGGUGCUAGGUUGGACUGGAUGAUCUUGGAGGUCUCUUCCAACCUGGUUGAUUCUAUGAUUCUAUGUAUCUGCACCA